CGGGCCAGCUGUGUGGGUGGAAUCCAAGGACCACCUGCGUGGGGAGAAUCCGGGCACUUUUAGGUGGAGUAAUUACUGGCCAGCUUUAGGAUAUUAUGAUCUACUGUCAUCUUGGGAGAAACUAGUACGGUAAGGAUCGAGGCAACCUCCCAGAGUCAUUUCAGCUGCUACUGCAGAACAAAUGAGGGCAAAGCAGCCGCAGGCUACAUGCCCCACAAGAGCUCCACAGGGGAGGCUUCAGAGAAACAGAGAUGCUGUGGCUUGGCUCUUCUCUAGGCUCUGGAGAGCUUCUGACCCGACUCUGUUCCAAAUGACCAUCAUUGCUGCUCUCUGGGUGACUGUUUUUGGUAAAUGUGGUCCACCACCCGAUAUACCCGGUGCCUUGCUAGUAAGUGAGACAAACAAAACAGAGUUCGAAAGCUAUGAAUUCCUGAAAUACAGUUGCCGCCCUGGCUACAUUAGAGCAACUUCAGGCCAGACUAUUUACUGUGAAGCUAAGGGAACAUGGAUGGUUACUAUCUCCUGUGUCAAAAAAUCAUGCAGGAAUCCAGGAGACUUACCAAAUGGACAAGUGGAAAUUAAGUCAGAUUUCUCUCUUGGAUCACGGAUAGAAUUCAGCUGCUUAGAAGGGUAUAUCUUAAUUGGCUCAUCCACUAGUUAUUGUGAGAUCCAAAGUAAAGGAGUUGCCUGGAGCGAUCCUCUCCCAGAUUGUGUAAGUGUCAAGUGUAGGCCCCCUCCAGACAUCAGCCAUGGGAGGCACAGUGGUGGAGAUGAAGACUUCUACACGUACGGCUCCUCCAUCACCUACAGGUGUUACCCCAACUUCUCACUCAUUGGCAGUGCCUCCAUCACCUGCACUGUGGUGAACAAAACAGUGGGCGUUUGGAGCCCAAGCCCUCCCACCUGUGAAAGGAUCAACUGUCCUCAGCCAUAUGUUUUACAUGCAGUAAUUGAUUCUGGAUUUAGAGCUACCUAUAAAUACAAAGACUCUGUUAGAUUUGCCUGCCUGAAAGGGACCAUCCUCAGAGGCAAAAAUACAAUCUCUUGUGAAGCUGAUGGCAACUGGCAUCCUUCUCCCCCUGUUUGUGAGCUCAAUGGUUGCACUAAUAUACCAGACAUUCCACAUGCUAGCUGGCUACAAAAUCUCCCGCCCAAAAAGGAAGAUGUAUAUCCGGUUGGGGCAACGUUACAAUACCGCUGUCAUCCUGGCUAUGAACCUGCUACAAGAGAGAGGAUGACUCUGGUUUGUCAGAAGGAUCUCACCUGGAGCCCAUUCAAAGGAUGCAAGGAGGUAUGUUGUCCAGUACCAGACCCAAAGAAUGUUAAAAUCAUUCAGCAUAUGAAGUUGUCUCCUGAGAAUGGCUGUACUUAUUUCUUUAAUGACAAAGUGUCAUACAAAUGCCAAGAUGAUAGUAUUCUUUCAGCUAUUUGCAAAUCAGAUGGCACGUGGAAUCCCCGAAUACCAUCAUGUGAUCAGAAUUGCAAUGUUCCUCCAAACAUCGCCCAUGGACGUUAUACAAAAUCUAUUGACUACUUGCGAGGAUUCCAACCUAAGGCUACAUAUGAAUGUGAUAAAGGAUACAGACUGGUUGGAGAGGCAGACAUCUACUGUCGGUCUUCACAAUGGACACCAGCAGCUCCACAGUGUAAAGCUCUAUGCCAGAAACCAGAGAUAAGAAACGGAAUGCUGUCUGCCAAUAAAGACCAGUAUGUUGAAUCUGAAAAUGCCACCAUCCAGUGUUACCCUGGCUUUGCCUUGCUUGGGUCCCAAAAUAUCACUUGUUUAGAGAAUGGAACCUGGUACCCAGAGAUGCCCAAGUGUGAGCAGGAGAAAGACUGCGAGCAUGUGUUCGCAGGCAAGAAGCUGAUGCGAUGUCUGUCAAAUCCAAAUGAUGUGAAAAUGGCCCUGGAGGUUUACAAGCUGUCUCGGGAGAUUGAACUGUUAGAGCUACAGAUAACCAAGGCAAAACACACCGUCCUGGAGGGAUGAUGGCGGCUUCCUCAGGACGGAGGAAGAAGUACCUCACUGUCUUUCUGACUUCACUGUCGCAACAGACCUCUUGCAUGCGGCACCUUUUGUCACUCUGGCACCAAUGCUCGUGAUAAUAAAUAUCUGUUAGAAUAAUUCA